GCUAAUCUUCUUCUCGCCCCCGCGUCCGACUGCGUUGUUGCCUUGCCAUGGGUCGACAGAAGGAGUUGGUGAACCGUUGCGGGGAGAUGCUCCAUAUCCGCUACCGGCUGCUUCGCCAGGCUCUGGCGGAGUGCCUGGGGACCCUCAUCCUUGUGAUGUUUGGCUGUGGCUCCGUGGCUCAGGUGGUGCUCAGUCGGGGCACCCAUGGUGGCUUCCUCACCAUCAACUUGGCUUUUGGCUUCGCUGUCACCCUUGCCAUCUUGGUGGCCGGCCAAGUGUCUGGAGCCCACUUGAACCCCGCUGUGACCUUUGCCAUGUGCUUCCUGGCACGUGAGCCCUGGAUCAAGCUGCCCAUCUACACACUGGCACAGACACUGGGGGCCUUCUUGGGCGCUGGGAUCGUUUUUGGGCUGUACUACGAUGCAAUCUGGGGCUUUGCCAACAAUGAACUUAUCGUCUCCGGCCCCAAUGGCACAGCUGGCAUCUUUGCCACCUACCCGUCCGGACACUUGGACAUGGUCAAUGGCUUCUUUGAUCAGUUCAUAGGCACAGCCUCCCUCAUCGUGUGUGUGCUGGCCAUUGUCGACCCCUACAACAACCCUGUCCCCCGUGGCCUGGAGGCCUUCACCGUGGGCCUUGUGGUUCUGGUCAUUGGAACCUCCAUGGGCUUCAAUUCUGGCUAUGCUGUCAACCCUGCCCGUGACUUUGGCCCGCGUCUUUUCACCGCUCUAGCUGGCUGGGGUUCAGAAGUCUUCACGACCGGCCGGCAUUGGUGGUGGGUACCUAUCGUCUCUCCGCUCCUCGGUUCCAUUGCCGGCGUCUUCGUGUACCAGCUCAUGAUUGGAUGCCACCUGGAGCAGCCCCCACCCUCCACGGAGGCGGAGAAUGUGAAGCUGGCUCAUGUGAAGCACAAGGAACAGAUCUGAGUGGGCAGCAGCCAUGCCCACUCUUCACUCAAGUACCCACCUUGUGUGGGCCACUCCCUGAGAGCCCCCUGUGAUACCUCUCACAGACUAAGACGCUACCCAUACCUGCCCCUGCUGGGUGGCCCUUAGAGAAUCUCUACUGAACUCUGCC